UCAAGACGGUAGCCAUCUCUACCUGUUUGGCCCUAUAUAAAGCAAAGUUUUUUUAGCUUUUCUUUAUACCUACUUACAAUGUCUUUAGUGAAAUCUUUUUGGUUGCUUGCACUUGUCAGUGCUUUAUGCUCUUCCGUUUAUACGCUAACUCCUUAUAAGGAUUGUACCGAGGGUACAAAAGGGGUCACUAUCAGCAAUUUCAAUUUGAAUAACUGCCAAGGAGACCCUUGUAAAAUAAUAAAAGGAGCGCAAAUACCCGUAUCUUUGACUUUAACCGCUGGGCAACAGGUCAUUGGUGCCACUUCCGAUACAACUAUAUCAGCUGACAUUUCACUACUUUGGUCUUCUUACAAUAUCCCUCUCGCCCAAGUAUGUGAUAAGAUACAAUGUCCCAUGGCACCAGGUAGUUCUCAGGAUGUUUCACAAACCUUCUCAAUAUCACGACUUGUUCCAUCGGGCACUUACGCGGUUAAAGUUACAAUCAAAGAUGCCGGAGUAAGUCUCGCGUGUCUACAGUUUAACGCUGCCUUAGCAUUCUGGUAAUAGGUAUCGUGGCCGCACAUCCAUCGGGAGGUUAACUAAAAAAUAACAAAAACAAGAAGAAUCUCUCGUUGUAAAAGAUAAAAUCUAUUACCUUUUUUGUAAAACUUCUAAUAAAGACAAACCGUGGCCUGUACGCUAUUGAAUUUACACACAUAGCAAAAAAGGCAGGUA